AUGCCUGUCCUUUUCCCCCGCUCCUCCGGCUUCGAGCCGGGGGCCAUCGGUCCUCUCAUAUCAAAAAACUAUGUGCCCGAAAAAAUCACCACCGGGGAUCUUGCUGCCGCAUCGGUAGUAUGGGGACUUACCGUUGUCUGGACCGGAAUCUGUAUCUGGCAAGCAAUCACUCAGACCAGACGCGCUCGGAAUCCUCUAGAGAGCACAUAUGUCUGGAUGAUAUGGAUAGAGCUUUGUGUUUGCUUUGCGAUGGGCUUGCAAUGCUGGUGCUUCAUAAUGAAAUGGAUCCAUCCCAGUUUUGUCUUCUACUUUUUCAUCUUGGUAUGGUGGUGUGUCCAGGUUCAGCUGCUCCUUCAAAUCAUCAUCAACCGUGUGCGCGUCAUCUCCUUGUCUCGGGACAAAGCCAAAUCCAUCAUGAUUGGUACGGCGAUAGUGGUCACGUUGAUCAACAUCAGCGUUUUCAACGUCUGGAUUCCAGCCCGGUUGCAGAUUUCUGAAAGAUAUAUCAAAAUCAACGAAGUCUGGGAUCGUUGCGAAAAGGUCAUCUACCUGGUGAUAGACGCCGUACUUAACGCCUACUUUAUCUCCGCCGUCAAGAAGAACCUCGUGCACAACGGAUUACAAAAGUACAACUCUCUGCUCAAGUUCAAUAUCCGCAUCAUCUUCUUGUCGCUCCUGUGCGAUGUUAUGAUUAUCGCCGCCAUGUCGAUCCCCAACAGCUUUGUCUACAUUCAAUUCCACCCUCUCGCGUACCUCAUCAAGCUCAACAUCGAAAUGACCAUGGCUGCACUUAUCCGUAAAAUCGCCAUUUCUACGGCGGCCAAGAGACGCGGCCGCAACACCGCCCGCGGGGAAUUCGUUACCGACAGCAAGUCCGGCUCUGGCGGACGGACGGGCGUCGAGCUCACCACAACAACCGCCGCGCACUGCGCCGAUCCAGAAUUCAUCUUCGAUGGAAAGGGUAUUCAGAAGACACAGGAGGUCGUCGUCCACAGCAGCGUUGCGAACCCGGACUUCAAGAUCGCAAUGGACUCCGACCAGCUGUCCAACUCGAGCACAAAGGAAGACCAGAACAGCACGCGUAUGUACGACGACGAUAUGCCCAUUGUCAAGGAUCAUUGGGACCCGGAAGGCCGAUACAGGACUGGCUGA